CCAUCUUCUUCAAUAGGUUAUAGAAUAAUGAACAAAGAGUUCUGUCUUUGUCAACCCCUACUUGAACUCGACAGAUUGUGAUGUGAUUUUCUACGUUCAUGUAUUCCAAAACUGCAAAUUUAUCGAGUGAAAUGGAAGCCCACUGAUACCAGUUUAACCUGAUAAAAUACUCACUGAAUUAAUGGAGAAAAAAUUCCAGUGAAGUUAGCUAAGGUGUUUAGCACAGGGAACAGGAAGAGAGGAAAAUGUCAAGCCGUGUACGCAAGCAGAACGAGCCGAUGAAGGCUUUUGUUCCGGUGAGUUCGCUGCUGGUUCGAGGUACCGGAUCGCUGCAGUGUGCCACUUCCGGCGGCGGUGGUAUAGGUUCGAAAUCCCUAUCCGCUACUUUGUCACCUCCUAUCAGACACAUUUCCCCGGAGCAUGCAGUCUCCGGAAAUCGAAGUCCUGGAGCUCUUACGUAUAAAGGCAAAUUGCUGACACUGAAUGAAGGCUCGAUGCGUCGAACGGCAUCACUCGAUGCGCUAUAUUUGCGACCGGUUCCAACGUGGAAUCAAGCGGCUUCUACUCUGCUCCAGCUUGAUAAGGCAACGCAAACAGACGAAUCGUUUCUGGAACGCACGCGAGGCACCACAUGGAUGCCCAGCACUGGUACUGGAACUGGUCCUUCGGUGGAUGCCUCACCGGUAAUCACUCGUUCCGAUGUCACGACACCGACUGAUUUGAAAAUGGAAAAAGUGAUAAGACAAAGACUGCAACGCACACAUCGCGGUGAACAUUCAGUUAGUUCCCAGACACUUAGUCCUAAUCAUGCUAAGGCAAGUCCAGUUUCAAUACCUUCACGUACCUGUCCACCUGUUCACAUGCGACCGAUGAGAAGUUCAGUAGAAGGAUUGAAUCAGGAAAUAGAAAAGUUGGUUCUCUACACCGGUCAGUCGCACGCUUGCCGAUCUGAUCUCGAAAUGUAUUCUCGUGGUACACCGGAAGGACAUCGAGCUCCACUGGCAGAGUUGUUCCACGCCGCCAGCGGUGGAUCAGCUACACUAACUAGCGAUACACGUUCUGUGAAUACUCAAACGCCAUUGGGCGAUACGCUGUCAUCGGACGAAGGCAGCCAGAGUACAUCACCUGACGAGGGUGCAGCCGUUACGAGUGCAUCGCCAAGAAUCAACAGAUUUUUAGCCCGCGAACCGCCGGAUGGUUGUGAAAAGGUGAAUCUUAAACUGACUGAGGCUGAUACCAGUACAAAUACAACACAUUUCAAGCCAUGCGUCGCAUUCCAGCUGAGACCCUCGCUCGGAUCUGCAUUUCAACCAUUACAACCAAUGCCGACGCUUAAAACCACACCGGAAGACGACGGCAACGCCGAGGAAGGAGAAGCCACGCUCGGUCAGGAAACAGACAGUACGAAAUGAACUUGAUCUGUUCCCAUGACGACUGCUAUGAAUGCAUUGCAGAUGAAUAUUGCACUCGCCUUGGGUCGGUAAUAACGGUAGGUACAACUGAAAUGUCGAUUCAAUAUCAUUUUUUAAUAAUAACUAAAACCGUUAAUCUGUCGAGUGCAAACAGUUGAAACCAAACGACGAAGAGUCGAUCAGUAUCGAGAUAACUAACGUAGGCGCUUUGUAUGUUACGAAGAGAACAUAACUAUGCUUUUAAUAAUUUACAUUACAUAGUGAUUAUUACUUGUUUUGCAUUGUAAUAAUCCACAACUGUUUGAUUAAUUAUUGUUUGAUCGCAAGAGCUUCAAUUUUGCUAUAGUUCUACCAGUCGGUAAUUGUAGAAUGUCAAAGUGUGUGUGUGUGAAUAUUGCUUACCUUCCAAGCAGUUUUAGACCGGUAGGCCUAGUGGGCAAUUUUAUAUCGAAGACUAAAUAACAAUAAACAUGAAGACAUCAAUCAGGAAAAGAAAUGACUACAUGCUUUUUGCAUUGUGCAACAAAGAUAGGAGAAGAUAGAAUUGAGAGACUUUACAAGGUAAUAUUUUGGUAACGUUUUAGUAUCUAUGUAGGUUGCGUGAAGAGGGUACAGUAAUGUUUCGAUUAUAUGACGCUUUUAUAAAUAUAUAUGUAUACAUUUAUAUGUCUAUAUACAUAUGUAUGUUAGGGUGGGGUAAAAUGAUCAUUUAUUCAGCACAGUUUUUUUGGCUCUAUUUGGGCUCCCAAAUAACUGCAACAUUUGAGGUCGAUUGGUUAUGACUCGGCGUUGUGCAUUGCAUUUGAACUUUUUAAGAUUUUCAAUUCUAGAGGCAUUUUUCCCGCAACUAAUUAAACAUAAUCAUAGUUAAGGAUUUACCCAAUAACGUUGCAGAAGGAAGUAUGGUGCUAGAAUGUCUCUGAAUAAAGUUAUAGUUGUUCAUAAUGGUUCCAAUUAAGCCGCAAGUAUCAGUUAUUUGAACAACACUGCAGGUGUGCCAUUGCAAUGCAAUUCAUUGGUAGUUAGACUUGAAGUUGAAAUAACUUCGUAGUUUUUUGUUUCACUGAAUUGGUAUGUCCGGAUGAAAGAUUCAAAAGUAUCAACCCAAUUUCACAAAGGUAGUUAGAUGUUGAUAGAGACGGAGAGUUGAGUGUGUGUUUAUGGGGGAGGUGUAUUAAAGAAAUAAAGAGAAGUUGGGGUUCGAACUGAAAUAUUGCCGAGUCAGUUUGUUCAGGAGAAUUCUUCAAACACGUUUGCUGAAGAAAGUACUGCAACAUCCUUUCAACAAGAAAUUCACAACACUCCAUUGAAAUUGUAACUUUUUUUCGGUGGUAGAGCAGCAUCGAAACCAUCAUCCUAGCAAAUCAUAGAAGAACACAUUUUUGAAUAAUUCACCUGAACAUUCCAACUCCAUAAUAAUUCAUGCGACUGUGUACCCGCUCUUCCCCACUACGUCUAUGAAAUAAGGCUAAUGCUUUUGAAUAAUUUAUCUAAACGCACAAAUUCGGCAGAAUAAAAAGAAAACUACGCCGUUAUUUCACUAUGAAAUCCACCUUCCAUUGGUACACUGUGUUGUGAGAUUUUGCAUUCAACUUGAGCCAUAGGAUUUUGAGCAACUAUAACAUUUUUCAGAAACAUUUUAGCACCAUACUUCCUUCGGCAGAGUUGUUAAGCAUAUCCUGUACUAUGGAUAUACAUUAUUGCAUUCUUAAGGAGCAUCUGGGGACUCUAGUAAUGAAAUUGCAAGAAGUAUGUUUUCUCAAUGGAAUUUCUAUACAAAUUUCAAACGUAUUAAACUACGCUGGGUCAUAAGCAAUCGACCUCAAAUUUUGCACGUUUGUCGGUGACACCACAUGGAACCAAACCAAAAUUGUCCUGGCUUUAUGCAGUUUUUCUAUAAAACUGUGCUCCAGCCUUAUAUAUCUAUAUAUAAAUAUAUAAAUGGGUAUUUACCUG